AUUCAAGACUCACUUUUUAAUAUUUUAAUUAGAUUCCGUCAGUAUCGUUAUGUAUUAUCAGCCGAUAUUGAAAAGAUGUACAGACAGAUUUUAGUGCAUGAGUCUGAUCAAAAUUUGCAGCUUAUACUAUGGCGUGAUUCGGAAGAUAAACCUUUACAAACUCUCAGGCUUAAAACGGUUACUUACGGUUUCGCUAGUGCAAGUUUUCUUGCAACGCGCUGCCUCUGGCAAGUCGGGGAAGAGUGUGAUGACCUUGUCACGAAAAACAUUAUACAAACCGACUUUUAUGUCGACGAUCUAUUGACAGGUCAUGAUAACAAGGACGAUCUUCGCCAUAUCCAGCAGUCUGUUUCCGAAACCUAGCUAAGGCAGGCUUUAACUUGCGCAAGUACCGAUCUAAUCUACCAUCUUUACUAUCGUCAGAGACAAUUCAAUCUAACGGUAAUCUCGUAAUUAGUGAAACUACUAAUACCCUAGGUCUAAGCUGGGACCCUAAUCAGGAUAUUUUGAAAUUUCCCUUAAAUAUAAAUAUUCCCGUAUCAGUCACCAAGCGUACUAUUCUUUCUUCCACUUUCAAGCUAUUUGACCCUUUGGGCCUCCUAUCUUUGUGCACUAUCGUUCCCAAAAUUUUGAUUCAAACCCUAUGGUCUCUAAAACUUGACUGGGAUGAUCCAGCCCCCAAAGAAGUGGUCAAAUCAUGGAAGACUUUCACAGAUGGUCUUCAAUCUAUUUCUUCUUUGGCUAUUCCUAGGCUGACUUUAAUUUCAAACCCAAUUAGUAUCGAAAUGCAUUGUUUCUGCGAUGCUUCCCAACGCGCCUAUGGUGCCUGCAUCUACCUUCGAUCUAUGGAUCAACAGGGACAGGUACGUGUAAACUUGCUUUGCGCUAAAUCACGCGUUGCUCCCGCUUCCUCACCUACAACAAUUCCUCGUCUCGAACUUUCGGGCGCUCUACUCGCUGCCGAAAUGAGUUCGACCGUAAUACAAGCUUUACGUUGUAAAAUAGCACGUAUUGUGUAUUGGACCGACUCAAGUAUUGUAUUAGCUUGGUUACGAGUUGGCUCUAAAAACCUUAAAACCUUUGUGGCUAAUAGAGUCGCCACUAUCCGAGAGCUAACUGAGACUACUUCAUGGCAUCACGUUUCCACAAGUCACAAUCCAGCUGAUUUAGUAUCCCGCGGCGUUGAUCCAAAGGAGGUUGCGAAUUGCGAUCUGUGGUGGCAUGGACCCGCCUUUCUAUCUUUGUCGGAGUCCCAGUGGCCUCUAUCUCAGUUUCAGCCUAAUAUUAAGACGAGCGACUUGCCAGAGGUUAAAGCUCAUGUUGCAGAAACAACUGAUGCAGAAAUCUCCAGUUUUAAUAUUGAACGAUAUUCUAAAUUAAAAACACUACAAUACAUAUUCGGUUACGUUAAUAGAUUUUUACACAACUGUCAAAACACAAAAAAUAAACUUAGCGGAUCCUUAUCAGCUUCUGAGCUUACUAAUGCGUUGAAUAAAUUAAUAUACAUUUCCCAAUUAGAAUCAUUUCCUAAAGAAUAUGACGCAUUAAUAAAGAAAAGGUCUUUAAAUCCGAAAUCAAAUAUUGUUUCUCUUAAUCCUUUUAUUCACGAAGGAAUAAUUAGAGUAGGCGGACGCAUACAAGCCUCAGACUACGCCUUCGAUAUGAAACAUCCCAUGUUGUUAAGUGUUAAGCAUCAUUUAACGAAACUUUUAUUUGAACAGGAACAUCUCAAACUGAUGCAUGCUGGUCCACAGGCUCUGCUAGCAUCUAUCAGAACUCGCUUCUGGCCUAUUAAUGGCAGAAACCUAGCGCGACGUACCGUCUUAAAUUGCAUCGUUUGUAGGCGUUUCCAAGGGCGAUCAAGUAAAAAUAUCAUGGGCAACUUACCUUCGGAUAGACUAACGCCAGAUUUUCCUUUCCUUGUCGUAGGCUGCGACUUCGCUGGGCCAUAUAUGAUCACGGAUCGCAAGGGUCGUGGUUGCAAAAUUACCAAAUGCUACUUGUGCGUUUUUAUUUGUUUUAAGUAUAAAUGCGUACAUUUAGAGGUUGUUUCAGAACUAAGUAAAAAUGCCUUCAUCCAAACGCUAAAUAGAUUAAUAGCACGCAGAGGUCGUCCAAAGGUCAUUCACAGUGACAACGCCACAAAUUUUACGUCAGCUGCAAAGGAAAUCCAGCAAUUCUUUAGCUCGAAUAAUAAAGCGAUCAAAGAUUUUGCCGCCAACGAAGGCAUCGAUUUUUGCUUCUCUCCACCAUACGCACCUCACUUCAACGGUCUGAUGGAAGCCGGCGUCAAGUCCGCAAAAUUCCACUUAAAUAGGAUAUUAGGAAACAACCACCUGACUUUUGAGGAACUAACGUCCUUAUUUACGCAAAUAGAGGCAAUCCUGAAUAGCCGUCCUCUUUAUCCCUUAAGCUCUUCACCUCACGAUUACUAUCCCCUCACUCCAGGCCAUUUUUUAAUUGGUAGACCCUUAACUUCACUGCCUUCUCCUAAUCUUGAACACGCUAAUUUCAAUCGUCUCGACAGAUUCCAGCGAGUAGAACAAAUGCGACAAAAUUUCUGGAAACGCUGGAGCUUGGAGUACAUCUCUGAAUUACAAGCAAGAGCAAAAUGGCGCGGAAAGUCUAUCGAGCUUCAGGUGGACGACUUGGUUGUGCUCAAAGAGGAAAACCUACCACCCCUCUACUGGCGCUUGGGGCGCAUAGAGCGACUUUAUCCUGGAGACGACGGGGUGCCACGAGUUGCAGACGUCAGAACUUCAAAGGGAAUCGUGCGCCGCGCAUUAAACCGAAUUUGCGUGUUGCGCCACAAUCUCUCUUCUGAGAAGCUUUAGCUUCUGACGCAGCUUCCCAGGGCCGGGUGUAUGUUCGCGCGCUUAAUUCAUAUUCGCGAACUGGUGUACGGAGAGGACACAAGAGGGCGCUGUAACUCCCAACACGUCAGAUAGAAUACACGUCGACUUUCAACGCGAAAAAACGCGAACAAAGAAAACGAACAAUCUUUACAACGUGUACACCUUAAAACAUUUAUGAAGAAUUAGUAAAUUAGUAAAAGUAUUAUAUUUAUUGUCAUAUUUAAUGUUACGAAUUUGUGGAAAACAAAAUAAACCAGUUCAAGAAAAAUAGUAUAGUAUUUUCUUAUGUGCGAA